AUGUCGAGGAGGUAUGACUCGCGUACGACCAUCUUCAGCCCGGACGGGCGGCUGUACCAGGUCGAGUACGCAAUCGAGGCGAUCAACCAAGCGGGGUCGUGCGUAGGAGUGCUGGCAGACGGGGGCGUGGUGCUCGCGGCGGAGAAGAAGAUCACCUCCAAGCUCCUCGACACGAACGCGGUCGGCGUCCGCCGGGAGAAGAUGUACCAGCUCGACGAGAACAUCGCCUGCGCGGUCGCCGGCAUCACGUCGGACGCCAACAUCCUCAUCAACACGUGCCGGCUCAUGGCGCAGAGGUAUAUGUACGCGUACCAGGAGCCGAUGCCCGUCGAGCAGCUCGUGCGCACGCUGUGCGACAGCAAGCAGCUCUACACGCAGUACGGCGGCCUGCGCCCGUUCGGCGUCUCGCUGCUCUACGCCGGCUGGGACGAGCACUACGGCUUCCAGCUCUACCACUCCGACCCCGCCGGCAACUACUCUGGGUGGAAGGCCACCGCCAUCGGCGCGAACCACCAGACAGCGCAAAACGUGCUCAAGCAGGAGUACAAGGAGAAGAUGUCGGUGGAGGAGGCGACGGCGCUGGUGCUGCGCGUGCUGUCCAAGACGAUGGACAGCGCGGCGCUGACGGCGGAGAAGGUGGAGCUCGCGACGCUCACGCGCGGCGCGGACGGCGUCGUGCAGUUCACAAUCUUGGAGGAGGCGGCCCUGAAGCCGAUGCUGGAGCGGCUGGCGCGUGAGAAGGAGGAGGCCGGCGGUGGCGCGGCUGGCGCGUCGGGUUCCGGGCCCAAGCCGUGA